AUGGUGGAGGACCGUUUCGUCGGACGACAGAAUCUUGUUCCAGUCUUGACGGGUCCAGUUGAGAUGCUCCUUCGCCCACUUCACCCUGGCGACUCGAUUCUUUUCAGAAAUCAGCGGUUUGUUCACUGGACGUCUUCCCAUGAUUCCAGCAGCAUUCAGACGUUGUUUCACGGUCGAGACGGAUGGCGGAGAUGGCGAAUUCAAGCAAACUUCCCGUCUGAUCGCAGGGACGCUGAGUCUUGGAUCGGUUCUAGACGUCUUCAAAAAUGUUUCUAUCGUCAUUACCAUCAGUGACACGUGA